CCAUGAUGCCGAGCGCCGUGGGGGCCCUGGCGCCCUGAGAGGCCGCUCUUCGCCCGGUGGCAGGGCGGCUAGUUCAAGUUGCCAUAGCGGCGGGGUGGGUGGAGGAGCCGGCCGGGUGCCGGGCGGUUGGAGCUGGAGGCGUCCGAGAGCCAUGCCUCGGCCCUGAGACGGGACGCAGGGCGGGAGGGCUGAUCCCAGCACCGAAGAACGGGAGCCCGAUACCAAUGGCCGAUUCAUCCAGCGAAUCUGACAACUUCCAUCGUAGAAUUGGGAGGCGUGGUCCUAUAAGGGCAACCAGAGUCCGAAAUCACGGUGGUGCUGAAGAUGUUACAGAGAAGAUCCAUACUUUAGCAAGCACAUUACAGGAUACCAAUCGGAACCUGAAACAUGUGGACCAGAUGCUGGGCCAGUAUCGAGAAUACAACAAUGAACAGGCAGACGCAAUUGCAAAUCUUAAAGAAACACUGGAGCAGUCCAUAGGUCAACUAAGAAGCCAACGGUUAUUGAGAAAUUCUGGAGUAAGAAGUGCAUCUCUUUCAAGCUUAUAUCCAAGUGACCUGGAUGGUGGUGCCCCAGAAGGUCGUCAUUUCCAGCCUACCUCUCCCCUCAGAGAUUAUAGCGACACCCUGGGUACGCGGCGGCGGCGGUCUAGGUCUGCUGUCCGAUUUGUUGACCGUGGAGAUAAUCCAGAUCAGCUGCACUCUUUACACCAGUCACUCAGAGAUCUUAGCAGUGAACAAGUUCGUUUGGGAGACGACCUCAACAGAGAGCUUUCCAGAAGAAAUCGAAGAACUGAUGCAGAAACAAAAAGGAUGUUGGAAGACUUGUCUGACAAACUGAACGAAUCCCAAAGACAGGAUGCGGUGUCGGAACAGGUGGAGAGGAGGCUUCAGGAGAUAGAACGAGAAAUCCGCUCGGAAAGGCAGCUUGUGGAAAGACGUCAGGAUCAGCUGGGACACAUGUCUCUGCAUCUGCAGGAGGCUUUAAAACAACAAGAUGCUAAAGCUAAUGAAGUGGAAACUGUCUUGAAGAAUAAAGUACUGAAAAUGGAGGGUGAAAAAAACAAACUUGAACAAGAUUUGGAGCAGUCCCGGAGGAAACUGGAUCAGUCGGAAAACAGCAGAGAGGUUCUUCUCCACCAGAUUGAGGAUCUUCGUUCCCAACUCCUUAGAGCAGAAGAGGAACGACUGAAUCUUCACCAUCAAAUAUCUCAGGUUGCCAUGCAUCACCAGAGCCAUCCAGCUGAGCAAAAGGAUGACGGGAGGCGGCAAAGAGUGCUUGAGAGGUCUGAUCCAGAGAAACAAGAGAUGGAAAAGCAGAUCUGGGAAUUGAGAGCACAACUGAAUCACAGUGCUGUUAUGUCAGAGAUAGAAGAGUUGAAGCGAUGUAUAGAGCGCAAGGACAAAGAGAAAGCACAGCUUGGAAUACAAAUAGAGGUUUUAACCUCCGACUUGGAAAAGAGGGAGACCCAGCAGCAAAGGAUGCUGAGCCAGCUGAAGGAGAUACAGAGCAGCUACAAGAUCUGUGAAAAUGAGUGCCGAGCUGCAGAACUCCAAGUUAGUGAGCUGGCUCAGCAACUGGAAGAGUCGACUAAGGAGGCAGAGAGGUACCUAGCUGAAUUCAGACAAUCUGAAGUACUCAGGCUAGAGAAUGAGAAGAAGAGGGAGGAGUUAAAACUGAAAGCUCAGGAAACUAUUAGACAUUGGAAGCUAAAGUGUAAGAAACUGGAACAUGAAAGAGAGAAGCAGACUCAACUUCACAACCAGCUGAUGGAGAAGAACAAUCUGGUCCAUAAGGAAAGGGAUGACUUAAAAAGUCAGCUUCUUUCAGCUAUGCAUCAGAUGGAAAACCUUCAGAAGGAGCUGACUGAUGUUCUUGAGAAGAGGGCCAAGCAAGAAGAGGAACUUCACUGCAAAGAAGUGAAGCUCAGGGAAACCAGAUCGGUUCAGAUGGCUCUUGAACAAGAAAUCAAGGAUGUCAGAGAAACUGCAGAGAGACUAGAGGGUGAGCUGCGACAGCAGAGCCUAACGUUGAGCCAGCUAAGAACUGAAAAGCAGCAUUUAGAGGAAGAGCUUGCCACCAUUAACACGAUCCAUGAAAAGGACCAGGCAAAACUGUUAGAGAUGCAGGCUGUUAUAAAAAACCUGAGUGCAAUUCGGGCUGAACUGACCAGCCGCGUGGCGGACGACGAGAAAUCCAAGAAGGAGAUGCGCAAGACCCUGAUGGAUCUCAAGAAACAGCAGGAGUCUAGCCAGGAAGAAAUGGCUACAGUCAGCCAGCAGCUGAAGUUGGAGCGAGAUGUCCACCAGCAGGAGCUAGCAGAGCUUCAGUCAGAGUUGCAGCGGGUGAAAACCAAACAUGACCAACGUGUCCAAGAGAUUAUGAAGCUGUUCAGCCAAGAAAAGGAAGAAGCAGCUGGUCACAUUGAAAAAUUCAAGGCAGAGCUUGUAGAAGAAAGAAAUUUGGUAAAAGCUCAUCGCCGACAGGUAGAAAAGAUGAAAAUUGAGUGUGAUAAGCUGGUGGAGGAGCUAAACCAGAAGGAAGAAGAAAAUUCAAAAUUUAGGCGAAAAUACCAGCUGAUGAAACAAGAACUGGAUGAAAAGAAUAAAAGGACAUUCGGAGAAGAUGAUCACUUAAGAAGGAUAGAAGAAGACAGAUUACAUCUUCAUGAUCAACUGAGAAGCCUGCAAAAUGAACAGGAAUCCAUCCUCUCUAUGAUAGGAAGUGAAAUCGAUGCAGCUUGUGAAGUCCUCGCAAGGGAUUCAGUGGAGAAAUUCACAGCAAUAUCACUUACACCUGGGGUACAGAAUGACCCUCAUCGAUGGCUGGCAGAAACAAAGACAAAACUAAAGUGGUUGUGUGAAGAAGUGAAGGAGAGAGAGACCAAGGAAAAGAAACUUCGGCGUCAGCUGCUGCAGAACCGAGAGCAGUUGAAACAUUUGACCUUGAGCAAAGAGUCUGAGCACCAAAACCUCAUAGGUCAGUUAGAAAAGCGGGAGCAGCUCCUGGAUGAAGUUUACCAAGAGAGGAAAGAUCUACUGGAGAAGACUCUCAGGAAGGAGGAAGAAAUAGGUGCUCUGCAGGAACGAAUAACAGCGCUGGAAACGAGUACUCGAGUGGCUUUGGAUCAUCUGGAGUCUGUUCCUGAGAAACUGAAUCUUUUAGAAGAUUUCAGAGAUUUUGGAGAUUCUUACAAUCAGACAAACAAUAUUGAAGACCGAUAUAGUAAAUACAAGGAAAUUAUGGGCUCCUUACAUCAGCAUCUGGAAGAUUCAAAGCGCAGACUUGAAGAUUUCAGAGAUAAGAAAACAGUUGCUGACAUUUCUGCUAUACAGAGUACGUCUUCCAACUGGCGAACUAACACCAGCUUUAUGUCCAGCUCCAUGCUUUCCAAUUCAGGAUCACUUACCAAAAGUACAUUUCCUUCAGAUUCAAAUGCAACUAAAAAAGGUGCUAUCAAUAUGACGGUCAAUGGAACAAAACUGCGAACACAAGAAGAGAGGUACUAAAGCAACUUCGGAAUGUGCAGAUACACUGUUGGAAACUCAGCUCUGCGGCACUUUUCCCCCAGUUCUGACUGCAGCUGUAUUUACCAAAGCAGUGCAGAUUCCUUGGUCCAACAGAUGCCAAAUAGUGACUGAGAACAACGUCUCAAUUGUGGGUCUAAAAUGAAGCAAGUGAAACCUGAAUGUAAAAUGCCAAAGAAUCUUGUGGUUUGAAGUGCUGUCCCCAUUGCUUUGUUUCAGUCCAUCCCAAACCAGCCACCUUUGCCUUUUCGUGAGUUUUGUUACAUACCUUAAUAUGUUUUAAGUUCAAAGAUGCGAUUGAUUUUUGGUUGAACAAUAUAUAGAUAAAACAUAAGCACAAUCAGGUAAUGGUUAAUAGAAAUUGCUUGGUGUGUAAAUAAGAUGUUUUAUAACAUAAUUUAGAGCUGUACAGGCAUAAUAGCAUUUUACAACAAAGGUGCCUCAAUUGAUGCAUUAUGCAAUGAUUACAUUAUUGUGCUUAAUAAUAGAAAUCAUUUUUAUCUGAAACAAUGACCUGAAUUUCCUCCACUUUGAGGAGAAUUAAGAUUACAUGCUGCAUUUCAUUCUGUUUGGGACAACUAUGUUUGUUGAUCCAAGCUCAAGGGAGAGCGCAGCCUAACCUAAAUUUCCCCAGAACUGGAGGAAAUUCAGUUAACCACUUGUUAUGAACCACUUCUGUAAUUAAGCAUAAUAAUAAUUUUGUUUCCUAAACCUAAAAUCUCCAAUAAUGUAAUGAAAUAUUUUAUAUCCGACAUGGCAGAAGAGAACCAGAGUCACAAUAUCUAAUUUUGUGCUACAAAUGUACAAUGUCUUCCUGGAAUUGAAUAAACAGGUUGAGAACGAACCUUUGGCAGAGGAGGUUGGUUUAUAUGAGUACCCAACCUUCUUUUUUUUUUCUUCUUUUAAUAAAAAGCAAUUUCUAAUAGUCACAUCCUUCCCAAUACUUCUUUAUUAAGUUUUUUUGAAAUGUCACCUUAACUCUGAAAAUUACAGUGUACAAUAAUUUAGCCAUAUAUUGUGGUCUCUAUUGAUGAAAUCAGAUAUUCCCUUUCUUGAUGUUUCUAAUAAAACUUCCCCUUCCCCUUUA